AUGGAGCUCGUAGUCUAUAUCGUCCGAAACGUCGCCGCUGCUCAACAGGACCAUACGAGUAUCCAGCUAAUUGAGGCCGCAAAACAUAAACUAACGGCAAAGUUCACAAGCGAUCCAUCGCGAACUCGAAAAUUGGUGUGGCACGCAGCUCAAAUCUUGGCCGUUGCCAACCAAUAUUUGGUAUCCGCCCCUUGCGAGAUUCUGCGUGUCUUUAUGGGCUCGAUCUUCUUGAUGGCCUUUGCGAAGUACAGCGGCGAUCCUGGCUAUUAUGGUCUUGAAAGGGAUGAUUUCCCAUUCGUCAAGUUAGAUGAUAUUGAGAAUGCUACCAGAGGAUCUCGGAGUCCACUCAUUAGCGAUUGGAUUUCCCAUGGUGGUCCAGCUUAUAUUACUGGCAUUGAUGAUAUCUCUAGUAAGACAUUCGCCAUUCAUGUCAGCAUUGGAACGCAAGACCUGCUGCAACGAAUACAGUACUGGGGGUUGUCUCGUAAAUUUAUUCGAAUGCUUCAGAUUUUUGAGGCUGCCAGAUGA